CUUUAUCAGAAAAUACUUCCACCUCAUUGGCCAAUAGAUGGCUCAGUCAAGCGUCCUACACACCGAUUUGCUGAAAUAUUCCCAUCAACACAGAAGAAAUGUCUAUUUUGGAUUGAUGUAAAUACGUGCCUGGUAGCAGUGUUGAGGAUCAGUAACCAUCUCGACCCACUGAAAGACAGACAAUUGCAAUAGCUAAUUAUGUCUGAAGGAAUAGUCUACGCUGAUGUAAAGUUCAAAAAGCAACAAAGGACUGAAGGAGAAAAUUGUGCAACAGCAUCCACAGUGAAUGAUACCACACACUCUGAAAUUUCCAGAACAAGACGCAACCAGCCAUCUAUCGACCCUAAUGCUGGUGACCCUGAUUCUCAGGAGGGGUCAAAGGUCAAACCAAGUGGAUAUGACCCUGUCAGAGUUGUUCUGGUGACUCUCUGUGUUCUUCUGAUGGGUGCUGUCAUUGGACUUGGGGUUCUCUUUUUGAAACAUAAUCAAGAAUUGAUUGUGCAGAGAACUUGCUGUAAGAUCACAGAGGAUGAGCGUCCAAUAUGUGCUCAGGAUUGGAUGUGUCACAGGAAACACUGCUAUUAUUUUUCCAAUGAUAGUCUGACCUGGGUUGAGAGUCAGGAUAAAUGUGUCUCCAUGGGAGGACAGCUGGUCAUCAUAGACAGCCUUUAUGAGCAGACAAUCUUAGAUAAGAAAGUUGGUGCUAUAAUGAGUGUUGGUGAAGACAAGUUCUGGAUCGGACUGACAGACCAAAAAGAAGAGGGAAAGUGGUUAUGGGUGGACGACACACCUCUAGAUUCAAAUAACAGCUUCUGGUUAUCUUCCCAAAAUGGCGAGAAAGAGCCUGACAACUGGCAAGGAGACGAGGAAAGAAAAAAUCCAGACGGUGAAGACUGUGCUAGAAUGGGAGAAAAAGGUGGUACUCGUGAUGGCAGGAGUUGGUUUGAUGUCAACUGUGGUUGGUCUCACAGAAGAAUAUGUGAGAUAAUGUUAUUCUGAAAUUUCAUUUUUGUCCUCCCCAGUUUUAUCAUUGGAAUGUGAUACAAAACAGGCUUUAGGACCGUGGACGUGUCCGAACAGUCGGGUAGUCUGUUUGAAGUGUUUAUCCGACCGGAUAAAAUAAAAUAAAAAAAUACAUUAUGUCCCUCCCACUUCUAAAACCAAAGUUGCGCCCCUGUGAUACAGUAUCUGUGUGAAACUUUUAAAAAAGUAUUGAAUUUUGCUAUGAACAUAAAAGUAUCUUUACGGUUUUUUUUGCUGACAUUUAUAAUAAGAAGUGAGGAUAAACUGUAUUGGUAAAUGUAUUACAGUAGCUUACUGCUGAUGUUUACAGACUGCUUGUUAUCAACAAUAUGUUUAUGCUUUAUGCGUUUUAUGCUAUAAUGUAAAACAAGCCAAAUCUACAACUGAGCCUAACAAAAAACAUGUCAGAUAUUUUCAGUUCAGCAUUUUCUUUAUUAAAGAACAACUCCACU